AAAGAAUGAGAAAAUUUUGACAGAGCCGGUUAGACAGCUACCGAAACCAACAAGUGAAACCAAACAAAACGCUUGGUAUUUAACACUCUAAUUCUACAAAAAUGCAGGAGGUUCUUGAGUCAAGAAAUAUAAUUAAAAGCAGAGAAACUCUGUACCGGCUUAUGAUCAGUCAGCUGUUUUACGAUUCGCAUCACAAUUUGGCCGUAGAGCUGUCAAAUAUAAUACGAGCCGAUCCGCCAUGUCCACCCAGCGACAAAUUGCUGCAUCUCACAAUUGAUGCUCUCCAAAAUGAAAUGCCCAAAGAGAAUCUAAACUACAAUGAAUCAUUCGCCGGCAUCGACCUGGAAUACGAAACGGAAGGUUCAUGUUUAGCACCUGAACCGUCAUCCUAUGAAACCGCCUACGUUACCUCACACAAGCAGGCUUGUCGUUCCGGGGCUUUCAGUCACGAUGGUCAGCUCGUGGCGACUGGAAGUGUUGACGCUAGUAUCAAAAUCUUGGAUGUGGACAGAAUGUUGGCUAAAUCGGCUCCGGAAGACAUGGACCCAUCCCGAAUUGGUGAUCAGCAAGGACAUCCAGUUAUUCGUACGCUGUACGAUCAUACAGAAGAGGUUGCUUACUUGGAAUUCCAUCCGAAGGAACAAAUUUUAGCUUCGGCAUCGCGUGAUUGUACCGUCAAAUUGUUCGACAUAUCCAAGGCAUCAGUGAAGAAAGCACACAAAGUGUUCACGGAUGUCGUUGGUGUUCGAUGCCUAUCGUUCCAUCCGACCGGUGACUACAUGAUUGUUGGCACCGAUCACGAAGUAUUGCGAGUCUAUGAUAUCAACACUUCACAGUGCUUUGUGAGCGCGAUUGCAUCCCAGCAACACACUUCCAGCGUGACUUGUGUCAAGUAUGCACUAACUGCUAAAAUGUACGCUAGUGGAAGUUUGGAUGGAUCAAUAAAGUUGUGGGACGUGGUCAGUGGUCGAUGUAUCAACACCUUUUCCCAAGCUCAUGAAGGCGCUGAAGUCUGUUCAGUUACAUUUUCUAAAAACGGAAAAUACCUCCUUUCCUCUGGUAAAGAUUCGCUCGUCAAGCUCUGGGAAUUAAGUACCAGCCGAUGUCUUAUUGCAUACACUGGAGCCGGUACAACCGGCAAACAAGAACACAACACUCAAGCGGUUUUCAAUCAUACCGAAGACUACAUUCUUUUCCCCGACGAAGCUACAACGUCACUUUGCUCAUGGAACUCUCGGAACGCAUCUCGAUUACAUUUGAUGUCAUUGGGCCAUAAUGGUCCCAUACGAUUUAUCAUUCAUUCGCCCACUCAUCCAGCAUUCCUGACGUGUUCGGACGAUUUUCGAGCUCGCUUUUGGUUCAGGCGAACGAAUGCACCAUAAUGGGAGUUGCUUUUAAUGAACUUUAUAAAUUCACGAAAUAUAAAGAUAAAAUGACAAAAUGAA